UCAAUAUACAUUUGCCACGUGUAACAAGUCGCUUUAUUAAAAAAAAAUAUUUAUAAUUUUUCAACAAUAAAAAAAUAAGGAAAAGUUGCAAAAUAUAUUAUAUAUUCAAAGAAAAUGAGUUAUCGCGAUGAUUUUUACUCUAAAGAAGCCACGCUUAUAAACAAUUCCAAGCGUGAAUUGGCCAAUGGAGUGGACAAGGAACCAAUUUAUAAACUAAGGCUAAUGUGUUUCGCUAAAGGUGCCGCUGGUAUUUUGGGACUAGCAAAAACCUUUCGCAAAAUGGAUACAAAUGCCAAUAAUACCCUAAGUUUGCAAGAAUUUAUAGAGGGCAUAAAGAAAUCUGGCCUUAAUCUUAAUGAGGAUGAAACUAAAACACUCUUUAAUAGUCUUGAUGUCAACAGUGAUGGUUCCAUAAAUACUAGUGUAUUUUUAACUAAAUUAAGGCCCUCUAUGACCCGCAAUCGUUUGGAUAUCGUUAAUAAGGCUUUUGAAAAAAUUGACAGUAACUGUGAUGGUGUUAUUACAGUUGAGGAUUUAAAAAAUAUCUAUUGUGUCCGUAAUCAUCCAAAAUACUUGAGUGGUGAUUUGACAGAAACCGAAAUUCUUGAACAAUUUUUAAAUAAUUUUGUUGAUGACGAUGAUGGUGAGCAGCAAAAGGCCAAAGUAACUAAAGAGGAAUUUAUUAAUUACUAUGCCACUAUAAGUGCUUCCAUUGAUAAUGAUGCUUAUUUUGAUUUGGUAAUGAGACGUGCUUAUAAAUUGUAAAUAAAUUUUUAUGUAUUUUGGUAAAAUUGCACAUGUUUAAAUAAACGUUUUAUUAAAUCACCUUGGAA